AUGUCGCAACAGUUGGCAAACGAAAAUUACACAGUCGGUUGGAUAUGUGCCAUCGCCACGGAACGUGUUGCCGCGCAAGCAUUUUUGGACGAAGAACAUGCAGAACCCUCAUUCGUGGCUGAACGCGACGAUAACGAUUACACGUUAGGAAGGAUUGGGAAGCAUAAUGUGGUUAUUGCUGCCUUGCCAGACGGAGAAUAUGGCAUAGCUUCUGCAACCGGUGUGGCGACAGACAUGCUUCACAGCUUCCCCAAUAUUCGAAUCGGCCUGAUGGUUGGGAUUGGAGGCGGGGCUCCCAGCCCCAGAAAUGAUAUCCGUCUAGGUGAUAUUGUUGUUAGCGCUCCUCGUGACGGCCGCGGCGGCGUAUUUCAGUACGAUUUUGGGAAGGCGAUACAGGACCAGGCCUUUCGAACGACAGGAUUUCUUGAACAACCACCAACUGUCUUGCGUACAGCUGUCAGUGGACUUAAAGCUCAACAUGAGAUUAAUGGCCAUCAGUUACAGGAAGCCAUCAAAGAGGCUCUUAACAGAAAGCCAAGGUUGCGGAAGCGAUAUAGUCAACCAGACCCCUUAAGUGAUAGGCUGUAUCGGUCCGACUUUAUACAUCCAUCUGGUGAUGAAACGGAUUGUGCGACCUCCUGUGGUUAUGAUUCUUCAAGGAUGAUCGCAAGACCUCCACGGGAAGAGGAAGAUGACAACCCGGCUAUUCACUACGGCUUGGUAGCCUCUGCUAACCGGCUGAUGAAGGAUGCCUUGGUUCGGGACAAGCUUGCCCAAGAGAAAGGGGUUCUUUGUUUCGAGAUGGAAGCGGCCGGGCUGAUGAACCGCUUCCCGUGCCUAGUCAUACGUGGCGUAUGCGACUAUUCUGACACGCAUAAAAACAAAGAAUGGCGAGGGUAUGCAGCCAUGGCGGCAGCUGCUUAUGCAAAGGACCUACUGAAGAGAAUUGCUCCAAACAAAGUGGAAGCUGAGAAAAAGAUGGCUGAGCUUCUUGGAGAUGAAGUCAAGGAACAAUUGUCCAACAUUCAAAACACAGCCAACGAGACUAGCGACAAGAUUGAGAGUCUUCAGGCUGAAAAUCUUGUUAUGGAGAUCAGAAAAUGGCUUGCACCCCCCGAUGCCUCUAGCAACUUCAACAGAGCGCGAUCGCAACAUCAGCAAGGUACUAGUCAAUGGCUCCUACAAAGCGACAUUUAUCAGAAAUGGAAAGGAAAGAGCGACCCAAAUACUUUCCUGUGGCUCAAUGGCAUCCCAGGCUGCGGCAAAACAAUUCUCAGCUCUUCCAUUAUUGCUGAUUUAGACGCUAACCCUGCUUCCUCUUCGGGGCUACUUUUCUUCUACUUUGACUUCAGUGAUACAGAGAAACAGACUGUGAGGCAGGCUCUACGCUCGCUCAUCAGCCAGCUAUACAGCAAGCAACACGAUACCCGGAAAGAGGUCCACCGCCUUUUCUCUUCUUGUAAUUCCGGAGGCCGGCAGCCAAGCGACGGCGAGCUGCUCUCUUUGUUUCAGAGCAUGGCCAAAGAAACGUGCGAGUUGUGGAUCGUUUUGGAUGCACUUGAUGAAUGCGAGGCGCGGAAUGGAAACUCUGCCAAUAGGCUUCUAUCAUGGAUCAAGAGCCUUCACAACACGGCAUCUAGCAUCCACCUUCUUGUCACUAGUCGGCCUGAACAACAUUUGAAAGCUGAUAUUGAGCAGUGGGCGAAUGAUGAAGAUGUUAUCUCUCUUCAAGGCAACCUGGUGGAGGACGACAUCGCACUGUAUGUUAAAAAUGAAGUUAGCAGGAUGAAACGAUGGCAUCAGCGACAGGAUAUCCAGCACGAGAUCCAGCAAGCUCUGACGGAAAAAGCCGGCGCAAUGUUUCGCUGGGUCUCAUGCCAGGUUGACAUGUUGCAAAACUGUCUCGAUCCGCUUGCGAUACGGAGAGAACUGUCAAGUCUUCCACGGACGUUGGAUGAGACAUAUGCACGAAUUUUGCGACAGUUGCGGCCAGAACACGUGCCUUAUGCUACACGACUACUUCAAUUCUUGACCUACUCUGAGCGACCACUCCAGCUCGAAGAAGCUGUCGAUGCAAUUGCGGUGGAUACUACACGACGCCCUGGGUUCAAACCGGAAAAUCGAAUGCCCAGCCCAGACGAAAUCACAAGGUACUGCUCCGGUCUAGUAGUUGUUGUGUCACGGCCAAAUAUCUACGGCAGACACAUCGCAAGAGAGAUACAGCUUGCGCAUUUCUCUGUACAGGAGUACCUCAGGUCUGACCGCCUACAGCCAGAGUUAGCUCGAGAGCUUAACGAAUCAGCUUCUAGAACCGCAAUGGCGGAAGUAUGCCUCUACUACUUACUAGACUUGGACCACUCCCUCGCAAGAGAUGCCGCGAAGUUAUAUCCUACAUAUUUGGCACACUACUCCGCCCAAUAUUGGGUCAGAAAUGCUAAAGUGGCUGAAAUUUGUAACAGAGAAGCUCUUCCAGCUGUCAAAGAGUAUCUUUCGUCGCCAAAAGCCUUUGGUUUUGGGUUCAAUCUAUAUCCACCGGAACCUAAAAUGUCUCGAAAACUUCCAGAAGAAAACCCAAUGUAUUAUGCAGCUCUAGGAGGGCUGGUCUUUUCUGUCUGGACGUGUAUACAAGACGGAGCAGAUGUCAACGCACAAGGUGGAGAGUAUCAUAAUGCACUUCAGGCUGCUUCAAACGGAGGUCACCGGGAAACAGUACAGCUCCUACUACAGAACGGUGCUGAUGUUAAUAAGCAAGGUGGAUUCUUCGGAAAUGCGCUACAGGUUGCUUCGUUCCGGGGUCAGGUUGAAACUGUAAAGCUCUUACUUAUGAAAGGCGCUAACGUUAACAUACAAGGGGGCGUGUAUGGCAAUGCUCUACAGGCUGCUUCACGAUGUGGACAUGGUGAGAUUGUAGAGAUGCUGCUUUCAAUGGGUGCGGAUAUCAAUGCAAAAGGCGGAUUAUACGGUACUGCCCUUCAGGCGGCUUCAGGGAGAGGAAAUGAGAGGAUUGUGUUGACACUACUUUCGAAGGGCGCAGAUGUUAACAUAGAAGGCGGCUGGGAUGGGACGGCACUUUGCGCUGCUUCGCUGAAUGGAAAUGAGAGGGUUGUAAAGAUGCUAUUGGAUAAGGGCGCAAACGUUCAUGCAAACGUUCAUUCAAACGGCGGAGAACGUAUCAAUGCUCUUGACGCCGCUUUAUUGUCUGGCUACGGAAAGAUUGCGGAGAUGUUGUUGGAGAAAGGUGCCAAAAACUCGAAUAAUGUCACGAAGAGAUACGGUAACCACAAGGGUCUCCUUUCAAGAGCGAAAAUUGGCAUGUUUCUGUUAACCUACUAUUAA